CAUACCCGUGUAAUCCGUGGUUGUUUACCCAGUGUAACUCGAGGUACUCGAGUAAUAAAUUUUGUCCGAACAGUUAUUGGGUAAGUCAAGAUGGCUGACAAACAUCGGAAAAAGAAAAUGAUAAUAGCAUUAGCUAUUAAAAAACUUCUUGAUGCUUACAACACCAAAGCAUUGUUCUUCCUCAUGACACACAAUGACCCAGUGAUAAGUACAUGUACAAGACUCUUGAUGCGACGCGACAGCGUACCGCGCAUAAGACGGUAUGUAGAAUCGGUAGUACCAAGAUACAGUUUAAGCGACUUCAAAAGUCAUUUUCGCCUAGAAAGAAGCUCAUUUGAACUAAUAUGUGUAGCCAUUGGUAGACAUUUUAAAAGACAAAAGGGGAGCACACCAUUGCCGGUGGAGAAACAACUUUUAAUUUUUCUGUGGUUCAUGGGAACACAUGAUAGUUUUCGGUCACUAGCAGACAGGUUUGGGGUAUCAACAUCUACCGCACACACAUGCUGUGGGAAUAUCGCACGGAAAAUAAGUUUGCAUUUAGUGAAGCGAUUUAUAAAGUGGCCACGGAAUGAAGCCCUGGACUCGGUAACUCAGGGAUUUUUGGAAAAAUGCAAGCUUCCGGGUGUAGUUGGUGCAAUAGAUGCAUGUCAUGUUCGAAUUACAGCUCCUCAAAUUAAUCCAGAAUCCUAUUACAACCGAAAGAAAUUUCAUUCAGUUAAUCUUCAAGCAGUAAGCGAUAAUCGUCUCUUGUUUCUCGAUAUAUUUGUUGGCUGGCCUGGCAGCAGUCACGAUGCACGAGUUUUCAAAAACUCGCCACUCUUUUUAGAAACUGCUGAAAAUGCUAUACCCUGCAACAAGUAUAUACUUGGAGACGCAGCAUACCCACUACUACCUUGGCUGAUGACACCAUUUAAAGAUUACGGAACUCUAUCAAGAGAAAAGCAAAACUACAACAAGCAGCACAGCAGGGGCAGACAGGUUGUAGAACGUGCAUUUGGCCAACUGAAAGGAAGAUUUAGACGUUUGACACUGUUUUAUGUACACAAAAUAGAGCUGUUAGUUUACUGUAUAGUAGCUGUAUGCGUUCUCCAUAAUGUCUGCAUCCUUAACGACGAUGAAAUAAAUGAUUUCUGUGAAGAACCCGAUAUAAAUGUGUAUGAUGAACUAAAUGAAGACAGAGAAAGUGGAAUCCUAUUUAGAGAUGACCUUGUCCGAUAUCUUUCGCAGUGACCAUUUACCAUUUUACUAGAACUAUAGAGUAAAUUCUUAUUAAUAUACUUUGAACGAAAGUGUGAAAUAAUUAAAUCAAUUGGUUUAUAGCAAUACGCUUAAUGUAUAUCCACCUGUCGUAUUCUGAUAUGUAUUAUCUGAUAUUCAAUAUUAAAGUUCUCGUAACUCAAAAUUUUAAUGGUUUAAUAUAAUUUAUCUUUUGCUCAAAUAAAGAAUCAUCAUUGUUACGAAAGCAUUUUAGUAACACAAACACGCACGCAAGCGCGCACACACAGAAACCCCCCUCUCUCUUAAUUGUAUUUAAAUUCCUUAAUUUUCUCAACACAAAAAAAAUUAAGGAGAGAGAUGACCUUGUAGUAAAGAUGUCUGCUUCUCAAUUAGUUGAUCGAGGGUUAAAGCCCUACUGAGGUCACAACCAUGUUUCUUUUGACACGGUCACACCAGUACCGGAUAGUUCCAGGAAGUGGAUUCAAUAUGUUCAGAUAAGCUCCGAGCUUCCUUUACAAGCAAACUGAAUAUGUGGAUUAAUAAAAAACAUACUAACACGUUUUAUUACGCCUUUUUCAACUAUUUCAAUUAUAUAGGUGGGAGGUUUCCUAACCAUCAUUCCUGGAGAGUAACACAAGUACUACAAUCAUAUCUUGUACAUCAAGGCAUCUCUCAGGAAUCGAAACCAUGCCAGAGAAGUCGUCAGCGACUCUAAUAACUAGACCCCUGAGUCAGUAUAGAUCAUACAUGAUCAGUAUCUCAACAACUUUACCAGAAAUACUUCAGCAGGACUUUUACAAAUCCCGCAUAAAGUGUGGAGCGACAGACAGGGAUGUGUUAGAUUAUAGAUGUAUUCCAUGCCAGAACCUGCAA